UGCACGGCCACACCUCCCCACCCGGCAAGGUGACGCUGUCAUCACCAACCACCGCCAGGCGUUGGCGACCGGCCUCGAGCGCCCUAGAAACAUCUGUCCCCACAGCCUCCACGUCCAUGGGCCCGCCACACAACAGUCAGAACACGGCAGGCCCAAACCGCAUCCCAAGACAUCCGCGCUAGUUACCCUUACCACAAGGCGAGCCUGCUGGUGAGUCGAGAGCGGCGGCGCGAUGGCAGCGGCGGCGGGAGAGGAGGUGGCGAACAAGAGGGUGGUCCUGAAGCGCUACGUGACGGGGUUCCCGUCGGAGGACGACAUGGAGGUGGUCACGGCGACGGCGAGCCUGGCCGUGCCGCCGGGGUCGACGGCCAUGGUGGUCAAGAACCUCUACGUCUCCUGCGACCCCUACAUGCGCGGCCGCAUGACCAAGCACGAACGGCCCAGCUACGUCCCGGACUUCGUCCUCGGGGAGGUUUUGGUUAAUUUUGGCGUCAGCAGGGUGAUAGCAUCUGGGCACCCGGAUUUCAAGGUUGGCGAUCUUGUGUGGGGGAUGACAGGAUGGGAGGAGUACACUCUCGUCCCUAAACCGGAGUCGUUUUUCAAGAUCCAUCACCCUGAGUUCCCUCUGUCCUACUACGCAGGUGUUCUUGGCAUGCCCGGCCUUACUGCUUGGGCUGGAUUUUUCGAUGUCGGCAAGCCUAAGAAAGGCGAUUACGUUUUUGUCUCGGCUGCAUCAGGUGCCGUUGGUCAGCUUGUUGGGCAGCUUGCUAAGCUCACGGGCUGUUAUGUGGUUGGCAGUGCUGGUUCUGAUGAGAAGGUUAACCUGCUGAAAACCAGGUUUGGCUUCGACGAAGCAUUCAACUACAAGAAAGAGCAGGACCUUGAUGCCACCUUGAGGAGGUACUUCCCUGAGGGCAUCGACAUCUACUUCGAGAACGUGGGUGGCCCGACGCUAGAGGCCGUGCUGUCCAACAUGCGCAACCACGGGCGGAUCCCCGUGUGCGGCAUGAUCUCGCAGUACAACCUUGAGCAGCCGGAGGGCGUGCACAACCUCUUCCAGAUCGUCGCCAAGCGCCUGCGCAUGGAGGGAUUCGUGGUCUUGGACUACUUCAGCGAGUACUACAAGUUCGAGGAGGAGAUGGCAGGGUACCUCAAGGAGGGGAAGAUCACCUACGUCGAGGACAUUGCUGAAGGGCUGGAGAGGGCGCCGGCGGCGCUGAUUGGGCUCUACUCCGGGCGCAACGUCGGCAAGCAACUGGUUGCCGUCGCGCGGGAGUGAGCGCUGGGCAUCCGUGUGACAGUGAGGACACUAGCACAGAAUGUCUACCUUCUGAAUAAUGCCUGAACUUUCAGAGUUCGGUGUGCAGGGAACUGAUGGCUUGUGGUGCUUGUAGUCACAGAUGCUUAUAUGUGAAAAAAGUUUCAGUUUUUCUGUUGUCAGUCAGUCUCAUAGAUUCAUAGUAUACUGUUUUUUGUAGAAGAUGAAACAUUGGUUUCUGUAAUUGAAAAUUAUUCAGAUGCAUGGCCAAGUCAUUGUGAA